AUUGGAGUUCACAGAGCACAAUGACAACAGAGGACCAGCAGAAACAGUCACAAACAAUGCCGUGUUUGCAGAAGAAGAAGAAGAUGUCAGAGAUGAUCGAAACACCAGAGACCGACGACGUCCCUACGCUCCCCGACCAAAACUCCGCCCUCGCCGCCUUCCGCGCCAAGGAGGAAGAGAUCGAGCGGCGGCGGAGCGAGAUCAGAGAGAGGCUCCAAGCGCAAUUCACACGCGUCGAGGAAGAAGCCAAGCGCCUCCACCUCAUCCAAUCAGAGCUCGAUUCCGUGACGGAUCCGAUGAGGAAGGAAGUUGCGGCGAUCUGCAAAAAGGUCGAAAUCGUGAACCGAGAUGUGAAGAUUUUGGGGAUCAACUGUCAGAAGAAGGAGAAAGAGUAUAGAGAAUCGGCUGAGGCUUUCGAUGAGAAGAAGAAGGAAAAGGCGCAACUCCUUGCGAAAUUAGCAGAGUUGGUGAGUGAAAGCGAGAAGCUGAGAUCGAGUAAACUAGAAGAGCUCUGCAAGAACAUUUAGAAUCGAAUUAUCCCUUUGUUUUUUCUUUAGUUUUCUUGUGUUCUUCCAUCUUGUUUUGAAGAUUUCUUUUUCCUUUUUGUGAUUAA